GAGCCAUGCAGAGCCAGAAGGCCUGAGCCUGAGCGUGCCUGAGCGUGCCUGUGCUGGUUGGAGGUGUCCGAGGCGGUUGCGCCUGCAAUUGUGCAUCGUAUUUGCGACUCCUUAAGCAGACCAGGACUGGUAAAUUGCAUCAACAAUGGGUCUUCACUUCGGGAACCUGUACAAACUGCGCGGAAUCGUGAUGUACCGAGUGUCUCCAUACGAGCAGCGCGCGUUCGCCGGCUUGUUCAAGCAAGGCAUCCCUAACGUCAUUCGCAGGACGAAGGACCAAAUAUUCUAUGUCCUGCCGCCCUUUGUUCUGACUUACCUCGUCUACGACUGGGGUGAGCGUGAGCAUAAGAAGUCAAUGCGCAAGAACCCUGCUGACUUUGCCAACGACAAGUAAACUUGAACUGAAGCUUUACGUUUGAGAUAGAAUGAAUAAAUAUACAUGUUCUAAGUUAUA